UCAUAUGUUUAUUUUUCUGAGCUGAGGAGCUCGAUCCGAUUUAUUAUUUAAUUUUUCACGAGAUAAUUAUAUUAAAACAUAAAAAUGUUGAGAAAUAUGAUGAAUGCUAUAUGUAAGGUUUCUUCCUGUAAAAAUGUAAUGAUUCAACCAGUAAGGAACACAUUUGUGCUCAAACGACGAUAUGAACCACUUUUACACAAAAAAAAUGCAAAACCUAAAUUACUGAAGGCUAAAUACUUUAUUUACGAUUUGGUAGAAGACACAUCUAUAAAGAAGCGACCAAAUGUUGAGGUUAUUUUAAAAAGUUAUGUUGAUGGAGUUGGAAAAAAAGGAGAUAUAGUUUCAUUAAAACCUGAAUUUGCCUAUAAUAAAUUAAUAUUACCUGGAUUGGCAACGUACAAAACAGAAGAAAAUAUAAAAAAAUAUGUCCUUUCUGAAGAUGAAAAAGUUGAAGAAUUGCACAGUUCACCUUUUGCCCAAAGGACAGUUAAUAUGAUACAAAGCUUAACGUUGUCGAUAGUGAUGAAUAAGGAUGAACCUUGGAAAUUGGAACCGUGGCAUAUUAGAGUAUCACUUCGCAAAGCAGGCUAUUAUUGUACAGACGAAUGUAUAACAAUGCCUGAUCAACCUAUUGAAGGUCCAGACCUUAACAAAGAAGGGAAAGUGUUCAAUGUAACAAUAACUAUUAAUAAGUUAGAAAAAGCAAAUUUGAAAUGUCGAAUACAUCAUUGGAGUACAAACCCCAGUGAAAAGUUACCUUAUGUUCCUGAGUUUUGGAAAUUAGAUGCUGAACCUUUGUUUGUUGAAGAAAAAAAUAAAUAAUAAAAUAGUUAAAGAUUUUUUAGAAUUAAAAAAUAAAAAAAAAUGAAAUACGUUUUGUAAAUUA